GUAGGCUUUCGGGUGGCACAUCGACGGCGGCAAAGCGACGGCGGCGAAAAUCAUCGUCACCGCAACAGCGGCCCCCGCGAGCCGCUUCUCGUCGGCGGGCAGGCUCGGCAGCAGCGGCAGCGCCCCCGGUGGCGGGAGUCGCAAGCUGAGCUUCGACAUCGGCAGAAUGGAGCACUCGGAUUUAGUCUCCGAGAUGGCUCAGGUCGAGCAUCUCUCCACGCAGGACCGGCUGCAUCUGGCGCGCAUGCGCCGAGCACAGCAGCUGAAGGUGGCCAAACAGAAGGAAAAGGAAUGGCUCAAGGCACAGCGCAGCCGGGACCGGCUGGGGACGCAAACGAGCUCCUACAAGCGGCACAUCACCUUCGAGGAUAGUGUGGUCCUGCUUGAAGCGGCUGCACGGAACGACAUUGCCGAGGUGGCAAAGCUGCUUCAGAAGGGUGUCACACCGGAUGCAACGAAUAUGGAUGGCCUGACGGCACUGCACCAGUGCUGUAUUGACGAUAACGCCGAGAUGUUGAACCUCCUGCUGGACUAUGGUGCCAACGUGAACGCACAGGAUAGCGAGCGGUGGACACCGCUCCACGCGGCCGCCACCUGUGGGCAUCUCAACCUGGUGAAGAUCCUGAUCGGACGGGGCGCGAACCUGCUGGCGGUAAACGCCGACGGGAACAUGCCGUACGACAUCUGCGACGACGAGGAGGCGCUCGAUUACAUCGAGGCGGAAAUGUCCAAACGGGGUGUCACGCAGGAACUGAUCGAUGAAACGCGAGCAGCCACCGAGACGCAGAUGCUGCACGACCUGCAGGACAUUGCACUGCAGGGCGGCGACAUGGAGGUUCCCGAUCUGCAGGGUGCCACUCCGCUCCACAUAGCGUCUGCCAACGGGUACACGAGGGUCGUAGAGUUCCUGCUGGAGCAUCACACGUCGACCGAUGCUGUCGAUAAUGAUCUCUGGACGCCGGUGCAUGCCGCCGCUUGCUGGGGACACCUGGAGGUACUGGAGAUGCUUGCCCAAAGUGGUGCCGAUUUGAAUGCCAAAAAUAAAAAUGACGAAACUCCUUCCGAUAUUUGCGAAGACCCUGAAAUUCGAGAACGAAUAGAGCAACUAAAGACGGAGCAGGAGAGUAAACGAUUGGCCGAAGCGCAACGCAAACGUGUGCGACGGUCGCAGAGCAACAACACUAGAGCACAAUCCGUGCGACGAACAUCGCUGCGAGACAAGGGACUAACGACCAAAAAGGAUGCCGUGGAAGAGGCCCGUUUCCGACUGCAGGCACAGGAGGGCUACACGACGCCGGAUGGUGUGGCGGCGGCGGCGGCAGCGGCCGCGACCACGAUCGCAACCGCCGCAACGGCAAACGGUGACAAUAACAAUCAGUCGUCCACCACCUCGGUUUCAUCUUCCGUGCGCACCGACGCAUCCUCCCAGCAUGCCACCACCACCACCUCCUCAUCCUCCAUCAACACCUCCACCACCACCACCACCAUCAUCAGCAACACCGGCAACAAUGGCAGUAACAAUAGCAAUAACCCCCAUCAUCACCACCAUCAUCACAACAUCGCCAACGGGUCCGCCAAUCUCAACAACAUCAACAACAACAACAACAACGGUGUGGCCAACGGUGGCGGUGGCGACAGCGGGGGUGGUGGUAGCGCGGACCGGAACAGUGUGCGCCACAUGAACAAUCUGAACAACAACCAAAGCGGCGGGCGCGUCAAGGGCGACCAUCACCAGAUGGCGCCACUCGGUGGCGGUUCACCGACGCUCAAUCAGUACGAUCGCCGGUCGCCAGAUGGCAAGGAUAACGAUGAAACGUACCUGAUCGAGGGCGGUGGCGUCGGCAAGCGUGGUUCCAGUCCGCUCGGCAGUCUAGUCAGCAAUAGUAGCAACAACAACAACAACGGUGGCCAGCAUCACCUGCACCAUCACGCGAACAUUCCAGCCAACGGCCUGUCGGCGGCCUCGGCCACCGCCACCAGCACGGGCCAGGGGGCCGCUGGCAGCACUGCCGCCGCCGCUGAGGUGUACUCCACCUCGAACAGCGAGAACGGCAAGAUCAACGUCCAGGUGACGGUGCUAGUCGAUCCCUCUGUCGCAGGAACGUUGGCCGAUCUGAAGAAGCACCGGUCGCAGAACCGUUCGAGCGUCAGUCCGGAGAACGGUUCCCUGCUGAGCGGGACCGCUCCGAGCUUGGCCGGAAGCCUGAGCAAUGGUGCGGGCGGCGGGACCACCACACCGAACGGGGCCGGCACUGCUGGCGCGGGGACGCCACUGGAACUGUCGCUCGUAUCGAACGAUCUGCACCACCAUCAUCACCAACUGCAUCACUCGCCCCAUCUCAACCAUCGACCUCCGCAGCCACACCAGCAGCAGCACUACGAUGGUGGUGUAAUCGGAACCGGCAACGGUUCACUGCACGGUGGAUCCGUUGCCGCGACCGGUGAAAGCGAAUCCGGUACCCCCGGUGGUACGCUGUCCAAGUUCAGUGGCAAUACCAGUGACGUCGUGAGUGACAGUACCCGGUCCCGUCGGUGCUGUGUGCUAAUGUAAGCAAGGAAGCUCCGAAAAUCGUUCCUUUUUACCCUGCCUUCGUCGUCAGCGUGUGUCGUCUCUGUGGAAAGAGCCAUCUAGCGGGCAAUGUCAUGAAACAAUUUCUAACUCCGUGGAUCGACACUAGCGCCCCCUAUGGUCCGAUAGUCGAAUCAUCGGUGCGCGCCGGUUCCGCAAUGCUGUCAGUGAGCUACGAUGAUGCUGUCAGUUGGCAUGCUCUUCCCGCAGCUAGCACUUUUCUCAGUGAAGGAAAUUCGACGAUUCGUGACGAUUGUGCAAAAAAGCAAACGCAGCCCCAAAAUCGACUGAGAACUGUAAGCAGUUCAGCACAAUCACUUUACCGUCGCUUUACCACCCUACACGGAGCUUCACCACUUACGAAGCAAAAGAUGUCAAGCAAUAUUCAUAACGGUUAAGACCGAAAGAUCACCAACACUAAAGCUCAUCAGAACAGAUCAGGCAGGGCCUCUGGUUCCCCAACAGCCAAUGGUGUGGUGGUAAAGUUGAAAAUUAGGACGACGAAAGAGUUUAAUAGCUAAUCAAGGCACACUACGAUUGUAGUAGUAGAAAGAACUGACUCCGUUAGCCGUUGCAAGCGCGGCUAGAUAGAAAUGGUCAAAUUGUGAUUGAUCCUGCGCGAAGGACACCACUGAUCCAGCCAGCUUAUGGUAGGUUGUAAAUACGAAUCCUCCACGACACGAGAUACGAGCCCAAUGCCCCCGAUGUAGCUAGGUACUUAUGGCCGCAGCGACUUACACAGUAGUUCUCCCGUCCGUACGGUGUGAUAACACGGUACAGGGCAGAGCGCGAGCGAAACUCAAAAGAAUUAGCAAACUCCAAGCUCCAAGCAGAGCCAUUCAUAUAUCUCCUCAGCAGCCAGCAGGCUUUCCGGGGACAUGGCAAAGUCAAUAGAGGGGCGCCGCUCGUAGAGCGCCCGACAAUAGGUGUUACUAGCAAGCUACCUUAACUAGCACCAGGGCACCCCAGCAACGUAGAUAAGACUUACGACACGCGAUAUCACAUCACACACCUCCACACAUGCAUCACAGAGUUCACACAACGGACGCACACACACAGGUAUUACUUUCCAGAGCGUAGUAGAGUCCGUUGUGCGGAACCCGUUCCGUUCAGUUUAGUUGUUUUGUUUUAGGAUUUGUUUUUAUAUGCUUCCCUUCUCCGUGUUUUUCCACAAAUCGUCCGUGUUUUUUUUUGCUUGUUUCGUGUUUGAUAAUUAUUGUAUGUUUGCGUGCGGUACUCGUUCGUUUUCCGAUUCAUUCGCCUCACCGUUCAGUCAGUCGUCCAUAGUACGGAGAAGUAAUAGUAUCUGAGGAGUUAGUGACAGGGGACGGGUGUUUGUGGUUCGAAGAUGCCCCUUUCUUCUCGCGAUCACGCGAUCAGUGCAUAAAGAAAUAUAAAUACACAUAUAUGCGCCAAAUGCAUAUACUACGCACGUGAGAGUAUGUACAGGUACGGAGCUGGGCAGCAAAAACGAUCGACUUUACGUGAAACUGUUCAAAAGCAAUGUCAAAACGAUAUAAAAGGAAGUCGAUAGAAUGAGAAAGUGAGAUAACUAGAGAGAGACAGAGAGAGAGAGAGAAAGUAUAUUCUAUGUUGGAAA